AUGUACGAUGAGAAAGCAGAAGGCCUCAAGCGACAGCUGCUGGAAAAAUACGGUCCAGGUGAGCGCCCACCCACUCUUAGGCUCCACGACACCGAAGGGACCACUUGAGAGCCUCACGCCGCGGCUCGCAUGGCCUCGCUCGAGGCCACUGUCAUUUCUUCCCAUGCUUUGAUUGCUUGUGAGAAUGACUUUGUUGUGUUACUGAUCGAUCCCACCUGCCCGCGCUCUCUUUGAUGCAGGCGCUCUCGCGAGAGGUCCGCGGAAAUCCCGAAAGAGCGAAACCGCGCCGACCGAAUUGAGCUACGACGGCCGAUCCAACUCGGGCAGCGGCUCCAUCAAGGCUGCUCGAACAACUUCCCACAGCUCCGCCCCUAUUCUCGGACACAGCCUCGCGAACAACGGGUUCCAAUACGCCUUGCCACCACCUUCCGGAAAUGGGGCGCCGAGCUCGCAUCACUGUGCGGUGAUGGCACCAUGGCAUCCUUCGUUCGUUCCCAACGCCUCUAGGACAGAACUGAGACCGCGACCUCUCUCACCGACGGAGUCACCCGCGCAUGCAAGCGGGAUGGUCCAUGCCGACUCUUACUUCUCGGCCCAUCACACCGCACAGUCGAUUGGCGCCGAUUCUCAGGUGGACUACGUCUCUUCUGCAAGGAUACCACAGCGUGGCGAGGCCAUUCGUUUCGCUUCGGGUAGCCGCGGAAUGUUGCCGUCCCCGACGAUCAUGGGCUCGAUGCCGAAGGCCGGUGAACUUUCCAUGCCCGAACCGACGGCCCAUCGCUCUCGACCUAACCCUUCGCCAGUCGCUUUCCAUCCUUACGGUCACUCGACGUCGUACAACUCAGCCCGAGCGCCGGAGUCAUAUUGGUCGACCGAAGCGGGGUCCGUCUCGUCUCGAUCACGUUCGUGGAAUCAAUUGCCUCGAUCGGCGAGGGUUUCGCAGACGUCCGGUCGAUCGCGCUCAUGGGACGAACGACAUGGCUUGCACGACACCACAACGGACGAUAGAGGCUAUCAGCAGCAGCGACAGCCGCAAUAUCAAGCUCAUCACCAAUACCAGGAGUAUCCAAAUUCGGGUACCCACGAGACUUAUUUCACCGCACAGCAUGGCGCGUGCUUGUACCCCCUACCCCCGAUCUCGAACGACGGCGCCGGUGGUGGCGGUGACAGUCGUGAUUCGACCUCGACCGCGGCUGAGCUCGAAGAGGUUUACGCUUAUGCUUCGCGCGAGAUGUUCCAAACGGACGAGUCGACGGAGCACGAUCAUCAUCGCGAGGCGACAUGGGAUCAACUCGUGCAAUGGGAUGCCGACGGGUCCGCGCCGGCCUCCCACGCCCAUUGA